GCGAGAGCCUGGCCCUCUAUACUACUCAUAUCAUGCAGAAUUGUGCAUUGCUCUUUUCGUGUGCGGACCAUCUUAAGUAUAGUCACUUAUUUGGUGUGGUAGGCGAAUGCUACCACAGCAAGGAUGUCUCCAAUAAUUGCUCACAUUGUUUCCGGGUUGGAAGGCUCAACCCGAGUCGCCCACGCUUGCUCCUCCCCAUUGAAUGCUACUCCUGUGAUUAAACCAGGUUGUUCACCAUCAUCAUUGCGGGCUUUUCCACGUGCAGUGGCGUUCAUCUCCUGCUUCACGUUGCCUGAAGGGACCGAUAAAAUCCACUUCUAGAAUACAAGUAGGAAUACCGGCUUCUUGGCUUUAGAAAAGGGGUUUAAUACAUCGGAACAGUCAAGAUGCACCUCUGCUUAUGCACCUCGCUCUUGGUGCUGAUAGCCAUCAAAGCAGCAGCCGCCUAUGUCCCUGAGUCAACAACCCAGACGGAUCGUCUUGCAGGACUGAGCCUCAUCAAGCUCACGUCUGUUGUUGCAGAUGGCACACUCAAGAAACAACUAGCUAAGAAAGGUGUGCACCAGUCAUGCAGCAUCUCCAAUCUUGCUAUCAGAAGAGAGUAUUCCACGCUUUUGGACGAGGAGAAGCUUACAUACACAAAUGCUAUCAAAUGUCUUAUGGGCGCGCCGUCCAAGAUACCCACUGAUGUUGCUCCUGGUGCCAAGUCGCGUUAUGACGAUUUUGUCGCCAUACACAUUAAUCAGACAAAGACAAUCCACAACACGGGCAACUUCUUUUCAUGGCAUCGGUACUUUACAUGGGCAUUCGAGAAAGCCCUCCAAGAUGAGUGCGGCUACCAGGGUACUAUACCCUACUGGAACUGGGGAAAGUCAGCAGUGGACCCCAUUGAUUCGCCUUAUCUAGACGGCAGCCAAUACUCACAAGGCGGGAAUGGCAUAUGGGCGCCUCACAACUGUACAAGACCUGGCUCACUCUAUGCACCAUGCAUUUCACCCGUCGUCGAAGGCCGUGGCGGUGGCUGCGUUGAGACUGGUCCUUAUGUAGGUGUUGAAGCCAACAUCUCUUCCGUAGAUACCUGGUUCGAUUAUCCGAACGUCGUAGCAGGACCUUUCUUGGGUUAUCAACCGCGAUGUAUGAGGCGCGACAUCCUUCCCGAAUUCACAGUGAAAUGGGCCACAGACGCACACCUAUUGGAUUUGCUUACCAACUCUUCAUAUAAUACGAUUGGUCCAUUCCAGGACCGGCUGCAGGCCGGCACUGGUCUUCACUCUGUUGGGCAUUUCACAUAUGGCGGCGACCCGGGUGGUGACAUUUAUACGUCGCCAAAUGAUCCGAUGUUCUGGUUGCAUCACAGCAUGAUCGAUCGUACCUGGUGGAUCUGGCAAAAUGAGCAGCCUCUGGAGCGUGCAUUUCAAAUUGCAGGAACACAGACCAUGCAAGACAGCCCUCCGAGCGCGAAUGCUACAGUUGAAGACAUCAUUGACAUCGCAUUUGUCACGCCGCGUGGUGGUCCAACUUAUGGGAUCAAAAAUCAUGUCAGUACUGUCGCUGGGCCGUACUGCUACAUCUAUCCAUCGACUAACAGCAGAUAUGUAUGCACCUAAGCCUACAUCUCAUGAUGAAAGCCAUGCGUCAGGAGAAUUCAAGUUUAUCUGCGACAACGUAAAUGAUUGUAUUGACCGUAUCGACAAUUCUGAUUAGUGGGAGAUCAAAGUGUUGAAUCUCGUGGUAAACCCGACCUCAGCCGCUGUACCGUUCUGGCCCCGCGACAGAUUGGAACAUCUCAAGUCCAACGGCAAAUUAUCCGACGUCGCCUCCACAAAGGUUCUCUCUAAACAUGCUGCAACGUUGAAGGUGAUGGUUGAUCCGACGCCGUGUUUGCUUAUUUCCGCAUCGACUGCAAUGUCGGAGCAACAAGGCAAUGGUCUUAGGUAGUAGCGAUGUUAUGUGCCAACAGAGAUCAACCAUGUGCAGAGCGAUGCAGUUGAC